CGGGCGGGGGUGGCGGAGGACGGGGGAAGACGAUGCCGCGGCUCCGUAGGGGACGUAGGCGAGAGCGAGCGAGGGGAGCUGGGCGCCCGGGCGCAGGCCGGCUGCGGGGAGGCGCGCGCCGCUCAGAGGCUCUGGCCUCCGCACCCCCGCGCCCCGACGCAGCGGGCGACAGAGAUCGAGUACAGCAGCCACCGCCGUCGCCACCGCCGCCACCCGGAGGACAGAGCAAAAGUUUGGAUCUGGGGGAGGGCGCAGUGCUGAGCGGGAUUACCACCGGGGCUGGAAGGAGACCUCGAGGACCUUUGCAGAUUGCAGAUUGAGCUCAACCAAGACGUUUAGAGACUGACCAACGCUGGCCAGACCCACAGCAGGAGAAAGGAGUUCUGGUGACCCACUGGGUUUGUGUUGACACCGCCGUCACUGAUUACUGGGCAUCCCCUGUUGCCUGUGUAGAAAAUUCUUCCUAUUGAAUUGUUUUUGCACAUGGAAGACAACAGGAAAGAGGUCAACACAGGCUGGUAAAAUCAGAGACAGCAGGAAGAUUGUUUUACUGCAGGCCCUCAGAACGUUUCCUUUUCCAGGCUUCUGGACUUUGACAGAAUCCUGCCUAAUCAUUUUGAUCUUGCUGGGUUUUUUGUUUUUGUUUUUGUUUUUUUCUUUCUUUUUACUUUCCCCAGCACAUUGUAUUUUAUUUCUGUACUUCAGAGAUGGGCCUACAGACCACAAAGUGGCCCAACCAUGGGGCUUUUGUUCUGAAAUCUUGGCUUAUCAUUUCCCUGGGGCUCUACACACAGGUGUCCAAACUCCUGGCUUGCCCUAGUGUGUGUCGCUGCGACAGGAACUUUGUCUACUGUAAUGAGCGAAGCUUGACCUCAGUGCCUCUUGGGAUCCCGGAGGGCGUAACCGUACUCUACCUCCACAAUAACCAAAUUAAUAAUGCUGGCUUUCCUGCAGAGCUGCACAGCGUGCAGUCAGUGCACACCGUCUACCUGUAUGGCAACCAACUGGAUGAAUUCCCCAUGAACCUUCCCAAGAAUGUCAGAGUUCUCCACCUGCAGGAAAACAAUAUUCAGACCAUCUCACGGGCUGCCCUUGCUCAGCUCUUGAAGCUCGAAGAGCUACACCUGGAUGACAACUCCAUCUCCACCGUGGGGGUGGAAGACGGGGCCUUCCGGGAGGCCAUUAGCCUCAAAUUGUUAUUUUUGUCCAAGAAUCACCUGAGCAGUGUGCCUGUUGGACUUCCUGUGGACCUGCAAGAACUGAGAGUGGAUGAAAACCGAAUCGCAGUCAUAUCAGACAUGGCCUUUCAGAACCUCACGAGCUUGGAGCGACUGAUUGUGGACGGGAAUCUCCUGACCAACAAGGGCAUCGCUGAGGGCACCUUCAGCCACCUGACCAGGCUCAAGGAAUUUUCCAUCGUACGGAAUUCACUCUCUCACCCCCCUCCUGAUCUCCCAGGUACACAUCUGAUCAGGCUCUAUUUGCAGGACAACCAGAUCAACCACAUCCCUUUGACGGCCUUUUCGAAUCUCCGUAAGCUGGAACGGCUGGAUAUAUCCAACAACCAACUGCGAAUGUUGACUCAAGGGGUCUUUGAUAAUCUCUCCAACCUGAAGCAGCUCACUGCUCGGAAUAACCCUUGGUUUUGUGACUGCAGUAUUAAAUGGGUCACCGAAUGGCUCAAGUAUAUCCCUUCAUCUCUCAAUGUGCGGGGUUUCAUGUGCCAAGGUCCUGAACAAGUCCGGGGGAUGGCUGUCCGGGAGUUGAAUAUGAAUCUCUUGUCAUGUCCCACCACAACCCCUGGUCUGCCUGUCUUCACCCCGGCCCCCAGUACAGCUUCUCCAACGACUCAGCCUCCCACUCUUUCAGUUUCAAUUCCCAGCAGAAGCUACACCCCUCCCACUCCUAUCACAUCGAGACUUCCCACAAUUCCCAACUGGGAUGGCAGAGAAAGAGUGACCCCACCUAUUUCAGAACGGAUCCAACUCUCUAUCCACUUUGUGAAUGAUACUUCCAUUCAAGUCAGCUGGCUCUCUCUCUUCACUGUGAUGGCAUACAAACUCACCUGGGUGAAGAUGGGCCACAGUUUAGUGGGGGGCAUCGUGCAAGAACGCAUAGUCAGUGGCGAGAAGCAGCAUCUGAGCCUGGUUAAUUUGGAGCCCAGAUCCACCUACCGGAUUUGUUUAGUGCCGCUGGAUGCUUUCAAUUACCGGGCUGUCGAAGACACCAUUUGUUCAGAGGCCACCACCCAUGCCUCCUAUUUGAACAAUGGCAGCAACACGGCGUCCAGCCACGAGCAGACGACUUCUCACAGCAUGGGCUCCCCUUUUCUGCUGGCAGGUUUGAUUGGGGGCGCAGUGAUCUUUGUGCUUGUCGUCUUGCUCAGCGUCUUUUGCUGGCACAUGCACAAAAAGGGGCGCUACACCUCCCAGAAGUGGAAAUACAACCGGGGCCGGCGGAAAGAUGACUACUGCGAGGCAGGCACCAAGAAGGACAACUCCAUCCUGGAGAUGACGGAAACCAGUUUUCAGAUCGUCUCCUUAAAUAACGAUCAGCUCCUUAAAGGAGAUUUCAGACUGCAGCCCAUCUACACCCCAAAUGGGGGCAUUAAUUACACAGACUGCCAUAUCCCCAACAACAUGCGAUACUGCAACAGCAGCGUGCCAGACCUAGAGCACUGCCAUACGUGACAGCCCGAGGCUCAGCAACAUACAGGCGGACAGCAGAACUCUUGAGAACACACACGUGUGUGCACGUAAAGACACGCGAAUUACAUUUGAUAAAUGUUACACAGAUGCAUUUGUGCAUUUGAAUACUCUGUAAUUUAUACGGUGUACUAUAUAAUGGGAUUUAAAAAAGUGCUAUCUUUUCUAUUUCAAGUUAAUUACCAACAGUUUUGUAACUUUGCUUUUUAAAUCUUAAAAAAAAAAAAAUAGUUGCUGAAGUACUGUACAGGGUCGUACAACGAGAACCCAUCGCCGAGGCAAAAGAAUGAGUGAUUCUUCCUUACAAUGCUCAUUAACCACUUUGCUGUGGAAGCUGUCAGAAUAAAUUUCUUUCCUAGAGCGGGUGGUUAGAUGAAUGCACAGGCUAGAAUGGACUCAUAAGGGUAAGAUAAAUAAUAUGGGUAAAAUAAAAAAAAUAGCCCAGAUGUUUCUGUGCUAUUUCUUACCUCCUGGUCUGGAAGAAAAGUAGAAAAAUUCCACAAGAUAAGAAUGGAGGUAGUUACCCAGAUUUUAUUCAGUACAGGAAAUGCAGAAAGUAUCACGAAGAAGCCAGUUCACAUAAAAUAAGUUAACCCAGCCUAAAAGAAUCAAGGAAAUCGAGUUGAGAUUUGAAAAGCCCUUGAAAGCCAGGGGUUGGCUCUCUGACUGGGAAGUUUAAAAUCACCCUUUAUGCUUUCCCGGCCCUGUGUGGUAACACAGUUAGACUUGAGUCUGAAUUCAGUCAUCUUCAAGGACUGCUAUGAUGUUCUAGCAAGAAAAAUCCCUUUAAAAAAUGUUACUAUUCAAAUCAUAUGUCCGGUUGGAUCAUAUUCAACAGAGAUAUAUUCUAGAAUACUUUUUUUAGAAGAGGCUAAUAAAAUAGCGUGAAGAGUUAUAUUGAAUGGAAUUAUUUUUGAUAAUGAGAAUUAUUUGGGUAGAUUCACUGAGGCUAUGUCAACAUGAUAUUUAGACCAACAAGGGAUCAAUGUUUGGAGUUUACUAAAGCAGUUUGUUUAACAAUUACUGAUACUAUUUAGACAAAAACAACUGAUCCGUGAUUCUGUUAGACUAUCUCCACCACGUGUGUUAGUAUCAUGUUGAAAUAGCUUGAAGUUAAUACCUUUACCCCCUCUCAAAUUCUUGUCUUCCAAUCAUCUCACAUAUAUUUUUGUAAUUAGUUGUUUAUGCCAUCUUUGUUUUUGCCCCCUCUGCUCAGUAUUUCAAAGAAAAUUGUGGAUACCAGCCUUGGUUGCAUAAAGUAUCUGUAUGUACUUACACAUUUUAAAAUGUGUACCAAUUUUCACUGCUAAUAGUAAAGACACAUCAAAACUGGCCAAAGGAAUGCAUUUUUUUAAAGCCGUACCAGGUUUUCAUGUUGAAUUGACUUGGAUUCUGUUCCACUGUUGACGUUUUAUUUGCUCCUUUUCAAUCGUGGAUAUUCCUCUACUUUGGAAUUGUUGAAGCAUAAUCUGUUUUAGAAGGGCAAGCUAACAAAUGAAAGAUGAACAAGUCAGCAGUGGCUCACUCAUUCCCCUAGUCUUGACAGAGCAGGGCAUACAGAAGAGGAUAUGGAAAGGAGAGUGAUGUCUGUGUGCAAUUCUAGUGAUUCUUGAAGGAAAUGUUCAUCUUCAGAAAACACAUCCAAUUUACUAUAAUCUCACCAUCCCUUAGAUGUAGAAGGGCUAUAACUCACAUACAUUAUCUAACAUGGACACCCUUGGAAAAUUCUUUUUUAAAUUAAAUUUAGGCAUUCCACUCUGUGCUACAUAUGUCCUUGACGACUUGCCAUUAUUUUAGGGACCCAUGAAGUAAAUGUCAUGAUCAUGUUACAUUUCUCUCUUUUUAAGCAAAAUAAAACUGUGAUGUGUCUUCUUUGUAAGCGUUUAGCUAUAAAAUGCUAUGCAAGCUUUUCUUUAUAGUCAGAGCCUUAUUUUCUUUAAUAAUAUACCCCAACUUAUAUAUUUUAAUCUCCCGCAUUCCUCAGAAUAAGCAGAAAACAUAACUGAACCUAUAAGAUUGUAAUCACAGAGCUGAAACUGUGCAGUCUGUAUAGCUGAAUGUAGCUGCAAAUUAACUUAAAUUAAUUCUAAAGUGACUCUGGUUUCCAUUUUAGUCUAUUAGCUAGAGGGUUUUAGCUGUUGUUUUGUUAAAGCUUGGUCUACCUUUUGAGGGGAUAAGACAGUCUGAAGGUGGUCAGUGUAGCAGAAAGUCAUUUAAUAUCAGGAUAAGGACAUGGGUUUGUGUGUACAUAGGUGGGUAGUUCCCUUUCACUGUCCUCUUCCCCUUGGCUGUGUAGAUAAAACUGUGUGUUCAAAUGAUGGUACUUUAACUUUCUGUUUCUGUUGUCCAAAAAAUAAUCAUUCUCAUUGUUUUGUAUUUUAUGUUUAACCCCCGGUGGGAUUUUUGGCUGCUGAAACCUCUUUGCUUUGGGCCAGGAAGGAUAAGGAUGGAGAGGCUCCUACAGUGUUUCCUGUGACUCACAGAAUUAUUUGGGGGCAUAAAUGGUACAACAGAGAUACGGACAUGUCAAGUGGUUAGGGUGGUCUCAAAGGGUUUCCCUGCUCAGAGAAAGAGUCUAGUUACGGGCUUUAUUUUGACUUUGUGAGCAGCAUGAUAAAACCUCUGAAGUUAAAAUCAAUCUCCCAUAUGUAAUAGCAUACCUGGGGCUGUUAGCACGUCUAUCAGGAUACCAGAAUAUACGAUGGCUAAUGUGUCUUAGGAAAACUGCUGAAUGACCAUCCUGGUGGCUGAUGCUUCACUGGCAUGCUUAGUCAUAGAGAUGUGUUUUGUUGAAACAUCUGCUCUGUAUUUGGACCUCUCUUAUUGUCCUUGUUGAGAUGAUUAGUUAAGAGUCAAGGUUGAACGUGCGGCCCAAGACCGUUAGAACAAAAACCAUGCUCACUGGUUUAUAAAGAACUUGAUGACCAAGUGAGGUGGUAUCAGAUGGUAUCCGACCUUUUUUCAGAGCUUUGUAUCUGUCACUGUACAAAGGACAUUUCCAAAAGGCAUAACCAUGAUCACACAGAUACUAUUGACAGCUGUUCCUAUGCAGAAUAAUCAUCAAUACCUACUUGUUUUGAGGAGAUGUGUUUGAUCUUAGAGAGACUCUAGGUUCCCUCAAACACUUCCCAUUGCAUUGGGACAGUGCCAGCCAUCACAUGGGACCAUCAUGGGCAGAGACAAGGAGUGUGUCCUAUGGACUCUUUUCCUUGUGUAGCAAGUAGAAAACAUUCUCUCCCAUGAGAAAUAACACCACUUCUAAUUAUCUGGAUGUGUGUUGAAAAUGUAUUAGGCAUUUUCCCUGAGGUUAAAAACAAAAAGUGUAAUGUGACCAGUCUGGUAAAAAGUAUUAAUGAAGUACUUAAAAUUACGGCUCCAUUUCCUACUAUUGCGGAUCAUAAUGGUCUUAGUCAUUUCACGCGAGUCAGGAUUUCCUUCCUCACUGGGGACGACAAGCUCUUCAUGUUGUGAGCCAAGCCUCCAUUCAAAACACAAGGCAGUAGUGUAGUCUCCAGGGAGCAGGUGCUGCCCUUGAUCGGCAGACCUCAGCUGCAGGGUCCAUUGCAGCUCCUGAACAGUGAAGUGGUUAAUGUCCAUUGAUGUCUUUGUUUAUAGCAUUUUUCCUCCUAUAAUUAGAAGACAUUAGGUUUUUCUUUAGAACAUGAGAAAAAUGGUUUUGCUCAUGACCUGCCUUUCCAGCAGCAUGGGAAAGCAAAGCAACAGAGUGCCCCGAAAGGAAAAUAGGUAUAUACACAAAACAAAACCCCUGGAAUAUUUCUUGGUCUUGUCAAACCAGGGAUGAUGCUUUUUAGAAAGUCAAAAUAUGGAUGGUAGGAAACUAGCUUACAUCUUUCUCUGAUGUUUUCAGUAGGGUUGAAAGACAAUUACUAGCAACAGGGGAUGCUCAUCAUGGAUGGUGGGGAGGAAGGUUUGUACACAUAUGCAACUGUUGUUAUAACAGCUCUGAUUCUUUUGCUCUGGUUUUUGCUUUUCCUUUUGUAGCUGCACACCCCACAGAAGAGCACAAAGCAAGGCGAUUGCCAUAGGCAUCUUAAAUUACUCUAAACCGUGCACAUGUGCAUACACACUCACACACGGGGGCAUUUGUAAAUGUGUCCAUGGGAUGUAAGAUUUAUAACCAUUCUGAGGCAGGGUGAAGGCAUUGCCACCACGUGUUCCUCAGGACUAGUAUAUAUUUGCAGAAAGUUAAUCCUAAUGAUUUGUUAUUGUUUGAAUCAUAUGUUGCUUUGCUUCUGGUUUGUGUUUAGUGUAUUCUCUCUGACAAGGGACUGCAAGGGGCUGGAAGAUUCGGCAUCACACAUCCUCUGAGACCUACCAUGUUGCACACUUUGUUAACUACCAACUUCACUCUACACUAUACAGUACCUUGUUGAUAUAUUCAGUAAAGGCUUAUUUUAAAAGAAAA